AGCGAGUGAGAGUUGCCGUAUGAAAGCUUGGUUCCUGAAUGUGUCAUGACCUGUUUGACUCGCUUCAAGCAACGGACUGCUACGCUGCUGGGAGUUUGAUUUAAAGUCGAGUGAAUUCUCCAACAAGGGGCUCCUUUCAACAACUGCAACGAUGGCGUUACAAUUUAAAGAUGCCUUUUGGGGAGAGGACUUCAUCAGCAACGCUGGCUAUGAGGCUGUUAUUCAAAGGCUUAAUGAUGGUCGCCGGACGUGCAAAGACAUGGAGGAGCUGCUGAAAAUGAGGGCGUCAGCAGAGGAGAAAUAUGGAAAGGAACUGAUCACAAUAGCCCGCAAGGCCGGGGGUUUAUACGCUAUCUGCACUUUGAGAACAUCAUUUGAUGAAAUGAAAACACAAAUUGAAAACACAGGAAACUUGCACAUUCAGCUGUCUGGGCUCCUGAAGGAGGAGGUGAAGAGAAUGGAGCAGUUCAGAGAGCGACAGAAAGAACAGAGAAAGAAGUUUGAAGCCAUCAUGGAGAAGGUCCAGAAGACAAAAGUUUCACUCUACAAGAAGACCAUAGAGUCAAAAAAAUCCUACGAGCAGCGCUGCAAGGAGGCGGAUGAUGCCGAGCAAACGGCUGAGAAGACGGGCAGCACUCCCACAUCCACUCCCAAACAGAUUGAGAAGAUGAACAACAAAUCUAAACAGUGCAGAGAGGCUGCAGAAGACGCUGAGAAACAGUACAUUUCCAACAUUGAACAGCUGGACAAGGUCCGCCAAGAGUGGGAAUCAACACACAUUGAAUCCUGUGAGAUGUUUCAGCAGCAAGAAGAAGACCGCCUCAGCGUACUAAGAAAUGCUCUGUGGGUGCACUGCAACCACUUAUCAAUGCAGAGUGUGAAAGAUGAUGAGUGUUACGAGAACGUGAGGAAAACGCUGGAAAACUGCGACAUCAGCGCAGACAACAACUGCUUUGUGGAGACUAAAAGAACCGGCUCUUCUCCUCCAGCUCCAAUUGAGUACCAAAAUUACUACGAGAGGAAUCCUGCAGCUGAGAGGAAUGGCAGUGCUGGAUUUGUAGGAGGAGUCAUGAAAAGGUUUACAAAUAUUUCUAGGUUUUCAAAUCUCCUGCAGGGGAGCAGCUCCAGCGGCUCCAAAAUGAGCAUCAAUGACCCAAUUGUUCAACCUGCUGCAGAAACAUCGGAUGGAGUCUACGCUUCCAUUCCUGGAUAUCAGGCGACGCAGACCAGCAGCGUGGAGUACAAAGCUAUCUAUGACUAUGUGGCACAGGGGGAUGAUGAACUCUGUCUGUCGGUUGGGGAUGUUGUUGUUGUCUCAGAGGAAGGUGACGAUGGCUGGUGGAUGGUGAAAAGAAAUGGCCUCACAGGAUUGGUUCCAGGCUCUUAUCUCGCUAAAGAAUGAGUUUACAUGACAGGUGUGUGUGGGACUGUAUGACUACUUUUUUUUUUUUUUUUUACAUGUACAUUUUCUGUUAUUUCAAAUCAUGAUUUGAUCUCACAUUUUACUUACAUAUGACUUAAGCCCCUAUGAGUAGGAUUUGAAUGUUUCCAACUUUGAUUCCACCUAAUGGCAGCAAUAUAAAAGAUACUGUGUCUGACCUGAGAAUGAAAGACUGACAUCACAUUACACCUAUUUACACUGAUUGUCUGGUUUCUACCAAUAUAAACAAUUAUGUUGUUCAAAAAGUCAUUUAGGGGCUUCAAAUUGCACCCGCAUGUAAGCAGUGGAAUUCAAAUAUUAUACGUAUCAUAUUACUUUUCCUUCACUGCUGGUGUUGAGUGCUUCUCAUACCGAUACCAGCUGAGAGAUUUACUGAUAUCUUGCACAGGAUUAUUGCACUACAGUUUAUUCAUACACUGUAGUAAUCUUGUAUAUUUUAUGUUUUAAAAGAUGGCUAUGUUGGAUUUCUGUU